GAAUUCAAGUCUUGCAGGCUCUCGUCGCACACUGUGCGGUGCCCUUUAACUGAAAUGGUAGCAAAGCCGAACGAAACCCAAUGCAGAAUGGAUAAUCUUCCUCUGCUACCUUUUGUUAUGACCCUGUUCUUAUAUUCUUCUUUCAAUAUCUCAUCGGCUGUUGAUUUCUUAACCCCUUCUCAAACCCUCAGCGAUGGCAACACCCUGGUCUCGGAAAAUGGGUAUUUCGAGAUGGGUUUCUUCAGCCCUGGAAAUCCCAUGAAUCGUUACUUGGGAAUUUGGUACAAAAUCAUCCCGAUUCCCACUGUGAUUUGGGUCGCCAAUCGAGAAGCCCCGAUCAAAGAUCUUCAUGGUGUUUUAAGAAUCAACACCACAGCCAGUGAAAUCACUCUCACCCAGAAUGAUGAUCUUGUUGUUUGGUCAGCAAAAUCGUUAAAACCAGUGGAAAAUCCCAGGCUGCAGCUCCUGGAUUCUGGGAAUUUGGUCCUGAAAAAUGGGAACUCGGAGGUGUUCUUAUGGGAAAGCUUUGAUUAUCCAACGGAUACAUUGUUGCCAGGAAUGAAGCUGGGAUGGGAUUAUAAAACUGGCUUGAACAGAAGAUUAUCCGCUUGGAAAAACUGGGACGACCCAUCUCCUGGAACAUUGACCAUGGAAAUGGAGAAUCAUAGCUACCCAGAACCCGCCAUGUGGAACGGUACUCAAGAGUUCAUGAGAUCCGGACCUUGGAAUGGGAUUCGAUACAGCGCCAAACCCUUCACCGCUUUCCCAAUUUUCGUCUUCCAUUACACGAAGAACAAAGAUGAGGUUUAUUACAGCUACCAGUUGAUUAAUCAAUCAAUGAUUGGAAGAAUGGUGUUGAACCAAUCCAAGUUCAAGAGAGAGGCUCUGUUGUGGUCGGAAGCUGAGAAAAACUGGAAGGUAUACGCCUCAAUACCGAGGGAGUACUGCGAUACGUACAAUUUUUGUGGUGCUUUUGGGAGCUGCAACAUUGAGAGCAUGCCUUCUUGUAAAUGUUUAAAAGGGUUUAAGCCAAAGGUGGCAGAGAGAUGGAAUUUGAUGGAUUAUACAGAAGGGUGUGUUAGAAAUAGGCCUCUUAAUUGCUUGGAUGAAGUGGGGUUUGCUAAGUUUGUGGGGAUGAAAUUGCCUGACACUAAAUUCUCUUGGGUUAAUGAAAGCAUGAGGUUAGAUGAAUGCAGGGAGAUGUGCUUGAGGAAUUGUUCUUGUAUGGCGUUUGCUAAUACAGAUAUCAGAGGAUCAGGGAGUGGUUGUGUCAUUUGGGUUGGUGAGCUUGUUGAUAUUCCUGUGAUUCUUAAAGGUGGACAAGAUUUGUAUGUUAAAGUACUUGCUUCUGAGUUAGAGACAAAGAAGAAGAGCUCGUUGACCAUAGUUGUAGUUUUAGCUGCUGCUCUCAUUGUUGCUGCCCUGCUUUUGGUCGGAUUUUAUGUUGUUCGAAGCAGGAAACAAGGUAAGAAGCUUGAAGUGCAAGAGGAAAGCAUGGAGCUUCCAUUAUAUGACUUAUCAACAAUAUCACAUUCGACAGACAAUUUCUCAAACUCCAACAAGCUUGGAGAAGGCGGCUUUGGUGCAGUCUUCUGGGGUAGGCUUCCAAACGGACAAGAAAUUGCAGUAAAAAGGCUGUCCAACCAGUCAAGACAGGGCAUGGAUGAGUUCAUGAAUGAAGUAAAACUUAUAGCCAAACUUCAGCAUAGAAACCUUGUAAAGCUUCUGGGUUGCUGCAUUCAAGGGGAGGAAAAGAUGUUGGUUUAUGAAUACAUGCCUAAUAACAGCUUGGACUCCUUCAUAUUUGAUUUGGCUGGAAGGAAGCUUUUAGAUUGGUCGAAACGAUUCAACAUCAUAUGUGGAAUAGCGAGAGGGAUUCUUUACCUUCAUCAAGAUUCUAGAUUGAGGAUUAUACAUAGAGAUCUCAAACCGAGUAAUAUCUUGCUUGAUAUUGAUAUGAUCCCGAAAAUCUCGGAUUUUGGAAUGGCUAGAACUUUUCGUGGCGAUCAGAUCGAGGGGAACACUAAGAGAGUAGUUGGAACAUAG